AUGACCACGCGUAAUAGCUACCAGUUGGAACGGACACGCAACAACCAACGCCGUAGCCGUGCCCGGAAGCGCGAGUAUGUCGCGGCACUGGAAGCUAGGAUCCGGGAGUAUGAAGAAACCCGAGCACAGCAAGCUUCGCAUGCUACCGAAGCAGACACGGUAGAGAAGCUUCAGCAAGAGAAUGCUCGCCUUAGCCGGUUACUUGAGGCAUUGGGUAUCAAUACGGAGUUUCAGGAUGCCUAUUUAGGAGCUAGUGGCAGUAUUCCAAGUUCAGGAGGACCGUCUUUACCGGCCCAGGCGCUUGGGCAGGAAACCAUCAAUCCUCUACAAGGAGGAACGCCCACAAGUACACUGGCUGUCGGGAAUCAACAGGAAUCAAUGAGCUGCCCGCGGUUUCCUCCUCUUGUUACUUCGAAUGAACUUAGCUGCCAAGGCACAUCGUUAUCUGCGGUGUCAGAGCCUGCACUUUCUUUGGACGAGUGGAUGCAGAAUCCCUUGGUUAAUGCGUCCAUAUUCCCCGCUUCUACACCAUUGAUACCGGAUAUGGUCCAGUCGCAUGGAUUCCAUAGCGUCGCACCGAACCCGAACCCCAUAUCACUGGUCACACAACUCCAGACUGCAUCGCCGGACGGUUUGACCCCGUGUUCAUUAGCUUAUUCUCUCGUCUAUCGCUACAACCGGAAGGGUCACAACACCGCGUAUCUCAAUUUUAGACUUUAUGUGGGGUAUCGGGAAUGUACUGUUAUCAGUGAUGAAUGUGCGGUGGAGAAUAAAGUAUUGUUUGGAGUUUUGGCGGAUAUUUCUUAA